UAAUUGCAAUUUCCCCCUUUGGGAUGAGAGUGAGAGUGAGAGUGAGAGUGAGAGUGAGACAGAGCAGAGCAUGUCAAUGGCAGCUGUUGUUAUACCCAUCGUAUGUCGGUCUCCGCAUAACACGCUAACAAACUGUUUCAAUCUCUGUCUUGGGUUAUCCUCUCAUGUUCUUCACAAUCCUCAGAAAAUCCCAACCCUUUUCUUAACACCCUUGAAAAGAACCUGCACUACCCAUGUCAUUUGUCAUGCUAAAAAGGAAGAGAAGUUGGUGGUUGUUGGGGGUGGAGCAGCAGGGGUGUAUGGAGCAAUUCAUGCUAAAACUAUUGCACCUCACCUAAAUGUAGUCAUUAUUGAGAAGGGAAAGCCUCUUUCCAAGGUGAAAGUUUCUGGAGGUGGCCGGUGCAAUGUGACAAAUGGGCAUUGUGUUGACAAUUUGAUUUUGGCAGAAAACUAUCCAAGGGGUCACAAAGAACUAAGAGGAUCUUUCUUUAAUGCGCACGGUCCAGUGGAUACCAUGUCUUGGUUUUCCUCUCAUGGAGUGGAACUGAAGAUUGAGGAUGAUGGUAGAGCAUUUCCCGUCAGCAAUAGCUCUUCUUCAGUAAUUGAUUGUCUCAUGUCUGAAGUAAAUAAAUUGGGAGUUUCUAUGCAGACCAAAAAAAAUGUAACUGCGGUGUCUGUUUUAUCUGAUGGGAAAUUCCUUCUUGAGAUUAAGCAACUACCUUCCGGUUCUGCCGAACACGUUGAAGUUGAUUAUUUACUGAUUGCUACUGGAAGUAACCGACAGGGUUAUCAACUUGCAUCUCAGCUUGGUCAUUCAAUCGUAGAGCCAAUGCCGAGUUUGUUUACGUUCAAAAUUGGAGACUUGCGUUUGAAGGAGCUGUCUGGGGUUACAUUCCCUAAAGUUAAAGUGAGACUAAAAUUGGAUAAUCUCCAAAGGAAUGUACCUCAACUUACACAGGUCGGUCCAAUGUUAGUUACACAUUGGGGACUCAGUGGGCCGGCUAUUCUUCGGUUGUCUGCUUGGGGUGCUCGCUAUCUGUUCAGUUCAGGUUACAAAGGGAGACUUGUUGUAGAUUUUAUCCCUGAUGUGCAUGUCGAAAGUUUGAAGACCAUGCUUUCCCGUCACAAGCUUCAAUUUGCGAAACAAAAAGUGAUCAAUUCGUGGCCGCUUGAAUUUGGCAUAACAAAAAGAUUCUGGAGCUAUGCGUUGGAACGGCAGGGUUUAAGUGGAGAUAUCUUAUGGGCCUCAAUUUCAAAUAAUUCAUUGAUGUCCAUUGGUUCUUUGCUAAAGGAUUGCACAUUUGAAAUUACAGGCAAAGGUCCAUUUAAAGAUGAAUUUGUCACUGCUGGUGGUGUUCCCUUAUCCGAGAUUUCGCUUAAUACAAUGAAAAGCAAAAUUUGUUCAAAUCUGUUCUUUGCUGGAGAGAUACUGAAUGUUGAUGGAGUAACUGGUGGUUUCAAUUUCCAGAAUGCUUGGUCGGGUGGAUUUACUGCAGGAACCACAAUUGGUGGAUUAGCACUUGAUUCUUGUAUUAUAGGUUCAAAGUGAAAGCUAAUUUGUAAACUUCUAAACGGGUAGUGUUGGUGUUGCAUCAUGCUUUUUUGGCCAACUUGUUUUUUUCCUUUUUGGUGUGUCGAAGAACAAGUAUAUUUAUUAUAUUCUUUUUGGAUUUUCUUCUUUAUUCUAUUUUUUUAGUGAUUUCAUCAAAUGACAAAGAUAAAUUCAAUUAGCAUA